CGCCGGCCCCGCUCCCUCGUCAUAUGACUCGCAUUUCCUGGUACAGUCGGCGGCGGUUCGCUCAGCUCCAACACCACUGACCGAGCGUCCCGGCCGGGUAUUUGUCUCAUCUUCUCUCCGGCGACACUCCACGCUACCAGGCGAAGCCAUGACCCGCUGUGCUGCAUUCGUUCUGUUCUUCGCCUCCGCGAUCGUCUUCCAGCCGUCACGAGGCGUUGAAGUUAAUGUCACAGAUGGACAAGAUAAGUUGUGCCUCUAUGCCAACCUGAUGGUCCACUUCUCAGUCUCAUAUGAAGAAACUGCCAAUAAGAGUGUAACAACUGGGUUUGAACUUUCUAAAGAUGUCACAACAAAUGGAAGUGAAUGUGACGCCACAAGCUCAAUGCUGAAACUUAAUUUUGGAGACGGGCACUCCUGGAGUGUGAACUUCACCAGGAAUGGAGAUUGGUACCAGGCAGACUCUAUCACCUUUUCCUACAAUCUCAGCGACUCCACAGUCUUUCCAAAUUCGCUCUCUAAUGAAACUAAAUCUGUGACCGUGAAGCCUCAGAUCGCAAAUGUUGGCGUGGAUACAUGCUACUCCUGCAAGAGUAAAGACGUGAUCUCUACUGAUUUGGUCAAUAUGACACUGUCGGACGUGCUCAUACAGGCUUUCGUCAUUAACGGCAGCAAGAGUGAAAUGAUAUCGUCUUGUAGUGCUGAUCAACCCACAACCUCAGCUCCACCGACCACACAAGCCACCAAUGCAACCACUGAUGCCCCGGUCACAAACGCCACUUCCACUGCCCCUCCUCCCACCACCACCCCAACCCCCACCCUCCCUCCACCCACAACUGGGAAUUACAGCAUCAAGUCUGAUAACAUCACCUGUCUGUUGGCCAACUUUGGCCUGCGGAUUGGUUUCAAGCAAGGAGAGACAUAUCAGGAGAUGAACCUCGAGCCCAACGCGACCACAGUCUCUGGAUCAUGCCGAGUCAACAGCAGCGAGCUACAGUUGGUGACCAACACUAUGACCAUCAUGUUCACCUUCACCAAUGACACAGCGAAAUUCCACCUCCAUGCUCUCAACUUCACCACAAAGUCGAGCUCUGGUGUUGCGUUUAAUGUGGCGAACUCCAACCUGAGUCUAUGGGAGGCGGCUCUCGGCAGCUCCUACAUGUGCAACAAGGAGCAGAACUACACCAUCACCAGCCUGCUCAGCCUCUACACCUUCAACCUGCGAGUGCAGCCCUUUGGAGUCUCAAAGGGGGUUUUCAGUACAGCCCAUGAAUGUUCAUUGGAUGACAGCAGCAUCUUAAUCCCAAUCAUUGUUGGCGCUGCUCUGGCCGGCUUGAUUCUCAUUGUAGUGAUCGCUUACGUGAUUGGUCGAAGAAAGACUUACGUUGGAUAUCAGACCCUUUAAAUCAAUCCUGAAAUACCACGGGGCUCCCAAGCCUGGUCCUUGCGGGGGGGUAAAUUUAAAUCUAAAAUAAAUCUCUUCAGGAAAAAUAGAUAUCACUGUCUGUUGCUUUUGAAGUUAUUAGUAAUUACGAGACGCAUAAAACAAACCCAGAACAUUUUUGAAUUACAGUUGCCUCAAGGGUCUUAAAUGAUGCAGCAAAAAGAGGAUAGUAAUCCAUGUAAAGAUGGAGGGUUUGGUGUAAUUCUCAAGGACCAAUCUUGUCUACCCCCAGUGUUUAUGUUCCUUUUUUGUUUGUUUUCUGGAUGUCUUGUCUUUCUUUUCUUUUUUGCUGUUUUUUUUUGUUGUUGAUGUUCAAGUGCAAGAUCCACACAACUUUUUUUUCCUAUCCAAAUUUUAAGUAAUAAUCACAUGAAACGUGAUAUUCAGUAUGCAGUAUGUAGAGAUCUCGGAGUGAUACAGGUCCUGUAGGACUUCUACAUUUAGAACAGUCCCUCGAUAUUUAUUUUAUUUUGUUUUAGCAAAAGAUGUCUUACACUUUAAGUUUGUGUGUGUGAUCCUGCACUUGCCAUGCAGACAUCCCCCCCUUUGUUUGCAUCUGUCAUCAUUUUUUUUUGUGCACAUUUAAGUUCUUUUACUUCCUUUUAUGAUUUGACUUUUGAUCCCCAUAAUUACUCACUGUGAGACAUAUAGGAAUCGAAUAUUUUACACCAUUUAAACAGCAUUUCCUUCACAAAAAAUCAAAGAAAGAUGGUCAAGCAGCUUUUUGUUUUCUUUGUUCCAAGAAAUUCCUUAGCAAGUAAUGGCAACAUUCCAUUUUGGAAAAUUGUCAAAGGAAAAAUAUGCUUUAGCCCAUGUUUGCCCCUGCAGAGCAGGAGGAACAUUGGAAUUAUUGUUCUGAAUUUGUGGCUCCAAUCGUAGUAAGAAUGUGUAAUGUUUUAACAUUAAUAAACCUUUUUCAUGGACGACAUUUGGACAUGUGCCAAGCAGUUUAAGUCCUGGUAGAACUAAUGACAACAACGAUGUUAUUGAUGUUAUUAAUUACACUGGUACUUCUCCUGCUAACAGAAUGCCAACAUGUCUGCUGUUGAAAAGAUCUCUUGCUCUCGCACGUGUUCAAACUGAAAAGAAAAGUCAGCUUUCUUUUUUUCUCCCACUAUGUUUUUGGCAUUAGGUUUAGAAAAGGGAUAGUAUUAAUAGGUCAGCAGAGACAAUUCUGAAUCCAUGAUGUAUAUACACAAAAAUGCACUAAGAUGCUCUUUAUAUUUUACAUUGUGUCGAGACUAUUGUCACAUAAUUAUUCACCUCUGUAAAGGUCCUGGACUCUGAGGGCUGCAGCUGGGUCAGGGAACGUAAAAGACCCUGAAAACUUUAAAUCAAAACUUACUUACUAGUUACUUUCAAAUGUUUGUGACUCAGUUGAAAUAAGGACAAAAAAAAUAGGUUGACAUUUUGGGAACGUCUUGUCAAGAGAAGAUUGACACUCAUGUCAGCCUGUUGAAUAUAAAGCUACAGCCAGCAGCUGUUAGCUUAGCUUCGCACAAAGACUGGUAUGGAUUGUAUGACAAAGGAAAUAAAUAAGCGCAGUUCCGAAAAUGUGAAACCAUUCCCUUUUAUCACCUCAGCUAGUCGGCCCCCUUAAGACAGCGUGGGAGUGGUUUUACCGCAUUCUUUCGCAACCUGAGGAAACAACACCCACACCUGUCAAAUGUUACAAAAUCCAGACGUGUGCACCGAAAUCGACAGAAAACGACAGAAUCUCACGCGAAAUAGACUCGACAGUCAGCAGAAGAGUUUGGUCCCACGUUUGGUUUUAAAGUAAGAAGGUGAAAGUAGGUUUUCAGGGUCUUGGAAGUCACUAGUCCAGUGCAGGUUUCAGCGACGCAGUGUCAGGGAUGCAGGCAAGCCCGAGCAUGUGUGUAGAAAGCUGAUGGUUACACAUUAGGUAGUAGCUGUGUAUUGUUGCUUGAUUCUGGCAGAAGUGCUGUGUUACCGUUUCAUCUCUUCAAAGCAGACAGUAACCGAAGAUGAACAUGAUUUAGAAAUAUUUUCAUUUUUACGUUACGUAUAACACUCGCUUUCCCAGGACAUUGUACGUGUGUGUGAAUAAUUAGUUGUAAAUCCAACGUGAGCUUUGACUUUUGCUUUGUGAUUGUUGCUGUCCUGUGUGUUUCCGCUUUGUAUAAACUCAGUUGCCUUAAUUAUGAAGAUGGUUUUGCAGCACCAGAAUGAAUGUUUAUGGGGUAUGCAUGUCUAUUGUUCUCAAUAAACCAUCUACCUGGUUUUCAUCAUGGUCACAGUGCCUCUCUCAAUCAUAACUUCUCUUUGUUAACUCACUGAUGCUGUUAACCUGGUUUGAUUUGACUCAUUGUUUUUAUUCCCCUGUUCUCCGGUUGAGAACAUUGCACACACACAUGUUCAACAAAGGGAAUUUUGUGCUGCAAGACCAUCGUGUUAAAGAUCAAUUUAUGUAAUGUGGAUACAUAUGACUGCUGAUUUAAUCCCCAAUCUCACGCUGUUAGUUAGAAAAAAUUGGAUUUUCAAAUUGUGUGUCAGGCCGAAGUGGAGCUUUUUAGUAUUUUAAGAUUUGUGGAAAUAAAAAUGAGCUGCUGCCCUGGA